AUGGCACUCUCGACACAUUUCAGACUCAACACCGGCACUCAAAUCCCUGCCGUGGGCCUCGGUACUUGGAAAUCUGAGCCAGGUCAGGUACGCCAAGCCGUUUCGUUUGCUCUCCAGAACGGAUAUAGUCACAUCGACGCAGCAUUGAUAUAUGGAAAUGAGCAUGAAGUUGGCCAGGGUAUCAAAGAUAGUAAUGUCCCUCGCGAGAAGCUUUUUAUCACCAGCAAAUUGUGGAACACCCACCAGGCCAACGUUAAAGAAGGUCUUCAAAAAACACUUGACGCUUUGGGCGUGGAUUACCUCGAUCUCUAUCUCAUCCACUGGCCUGUCCGACUUGUUCCUAAUGAGACCAGCGCGCUUCUGCCAGUCAAUCCCGAUGGCACACGAUCCGUCGAUCGAUCUUGGGACCAGAGUGAAACUUGGCGCCAAAUGGAGGAGAUUUACAAGGCAGGGAAGGUGAGAGCAAUUGGUUUGGCUAACUGGUCAAUUCCUUAUCUAGAGGAGCUGAAAAGGAAGUGGACCGUGGUCCCUGCUGUCAAUCAGGUCGAGUCACACCCUUUUCUUCCUCAGCACGCAUUGAAGGACUGGUGCGACAGGCACGGGAUUCUCCUCGAGGCGUAUUCACCACUUGGUUCCGAAGGCGCUCCCCUGAUGUCUGACCCUAUAAUUCAGGAAAUAGCUAAGAAGAAUGAUGUUUCACCAGCCACGGUACUCAUUAGCUACCAUGUCACUAGGGGCGUUGUUGUACUUCCCAAGUCUAUUAAAGGCAGUCGGAUUGUGAGCAACAUUAAAAUUACAUCUCUCUCUUGCGAGGACAUGGAUAGGCUGAAUGGCCUGGCUGCACAAGGAAACGCUAGACGUGUCAAUACGCCUCUAUUUGGGUGGGAUCUCGGUUUCGAUGACUGGUACAUCCAGUAA